AUGGAGGACACAAUCUCACAGCAUUUUGCAAAUAUACUCAGCACCCUGACUAUACUGUCAUGCCUCUUCCUCAAAGUGCCACAGAUUAUGUACAUAAAAAAAAAGAAAUCGGCAGAAGGAAUCUACAUACAGGCUAUGCUUAUGGAAAUAUUUGGGUUCUCCAUAAUGACAUUAUACAACUUUACAAACAACUACGGCAUCAUGACGUACCUGGAGUAUCCGAUAAUAUUGUUGCAAGUGUACGUGAUGUUCUACUACGUGCUCAAGUUUAAGAAAAUGCUGGCUUCUUCGGCGGUACCGCUCAGUACUCUUGCAUACUUCUCCGCUGUCAUCGGUUUCGUGACGGGCACUCUACCGAAGGGUUUGCUUGGAUAUCUCGUGCCAUUCUGUACUCCUCUGAGCGGCUUCGCGAAGGUGACAUAUAUCUAUGGAAUUAUAAAAGAACAGAAUGCUGACGCGGUUUCGUUGACGACAUGGGUGAUAUCCGUCUCCACAAAUUUAGCCCGCAUAUUCACGGUCUAUGUGGACUCGGCAGACUUUAAGCUGUUGCUGAACUUCUUGGUGUCAACACUCCUGAGCUCUGCAGUGCUGGGAACAGCCAUCUACUACAAGAAGUCAAGCACUCCACAACCACCGACCCGGUCCCGAAGAAAGUCUAUCGCUCAACACAACCAUUCCGAUUAG